AUCCUUACUGUACCUCACUGGUCUAGGUUCCCGUCCCGCCCCCUCCCCGCCUUGGACGUCUCCUUCCUACGCAACGGGUUUCGCUUUCCCGGACUGCCAUGUUUCCCUUGUGUCCGUCUUCCUUCCGGAAACGACCACUUGAACCGACCAGUAAGAGUCAUGGCCGCCGGAGCCAAAGCCGGAGCGGGAGGCCAUAAUCAGAUUGCAAGCUGCCGAUCCGAUAGAGCUUGUGAUAUGCACCUACCUAAUUAA